CCGCUUGUGCGAGGCCACCGGUGAGGGGAUUAUACCAGCCAGCCACCUGAGCGAGUCGCGCACAGCGUGGCGACAGCGCAAUGCGUUCUCGCGCGCUGCUCGUCGCCGGUUCCAAACGGAUGAGGAUGUGCAGUGCUUAAAACCGCGUGGGACGCAGAUACCGCUUCCCGUUCUGCGACAGGUGUGCUGUUUGUGCUGAUCGUGCAUCGUGUGCCGCUCGGAAGUGCUCGUGCGAUGGAGCUUCGCCGCUACAUUCUUUUCCUUCCUUUUAAAACCCUGAGUGCGCAAGAAGUGGACGCGUCGUCCUGGUGAGUUUGGCGGGACAACCUCCUUGAGCUGAUUCGUGGCCCCGUUUUACGUGCGCAAGCGCCAUAUAGCUCAAUUUUCGGUGCUGCUGCUAAGCUCAUUCUCACAAUAAAAGAGGGCCUCAUCGGAUACAAGAACCGAUGUUAUCGGUUUCUUGCGAGGAGUGCUCCGACGGAUAUGUGAAGACAACACCCCUCGCGGACGCGUUUCGUUUGCUUGUGACUCGGUUCACAAAACUGUCGCGAUAACCGCAGAGAGGUCGCUUGUUUCUUGUUCUCGCAUCUCGAGUUCUCGCAUCUCGAGUGUACCCAGUGCGUUCGAAAAGCACCCGUUGUCCCGUAAAAGGGAAACCGGAAGUAACGCUCUGUUACCGGCCCUGCGCAGCGGCUACAGUAUCGUCGCCUCCGCCCACGAAGUAAGGAAAAAAAAAGAAAAAAAAAGAAAAGGGAGAGCGCCAGGAAGACGACUAUACUGCCCACGUCUCGGUGACUCAGCGAGUGCUGCAGUGUGGCGUCGUCGUAGCACUGCGAUGAGACGCGGGCAUUCGGGCCUUCAUCGGGCGGUGAAGUGACAUGCCUGUCUCGAGUGUCGAUGGACGGCUGUAGGUUCAGGCUGUUCGAGCCUGGGCCAUGCCGCCGCCAUCAACGUAGGUCAGGGACAUGGUCCGAGGAAUCGCUGGAGCCCACGGCCCGCAGUGGACUCGUCACGCCAAGAUCACCUUCAUCCUCUUGGCUCUUCUCGAUAACGCACGGCUUAGCGCGGCGUUGGCCCCGGCGCUCAUCUGCCAGCGGAUCCGCGGACUAACCGCGGCGCAACGCCGCUUCUGUGCCACGCGCCCCGACGUCAUGGUGGCCGUCGGAGAGGGCGCCCUGCUCGGACUGGCCGAAUGCCGCCGCCAGUUCCGUCACCGACGCUGGAACUGCUCGGACACGGGCGCCUACGAGUCCGGCUUCGGACAGCUCUUCACUGUCGGAAGCAGAGAAGCGGCUUUCGUGUACGCCGUAAGCUCGGCCGCAGUCACGUACGCGGUGACCAGGGCGUGCACCCGGGGCCAGCUGUCACGCUGCGGCUGCGACCGCACGCCACACCAAGAGCCCCAGCUACGCACUCACUACGCGCACCGGCUCAUCAGCCCCGUCGUAGAGGCACCGCCUGCAGAGCCGGUCACCUUUGCCCGCGGAGCCCAGUUCGUGCGGGACUCGUGGUCGACGCCUCAGCCCGGGGGAGCCGACGGCACCGGGCGCGCCGGCCUGACCGCCGACGAGCUGCUGUCGAUGUCCACGCUGUCGGCCGGAGACCCGAGCUGGAAGUGGGGCGGGUGCAGCGCACACGUCAAGCGCGGCAUGCGCCUGGCGCGCAGGUUCCUCGACUCGCGAGAGGUGGAGACCGACGAGCGGGCCCUCAUGAACCUGCACAACAACCGGGCCGGAAGGAAGGCCGUCAAGUUCACCCUGCUGACGGAGUGCAAGUGUCACGGCGUCUCCGGCUCCUGCUCGCUGAAGACCUGCUGGAAGCGGCUACCCCCGUUCAGCCACGUCGGCGACUACCUGGUCGAGCGGUACCGGCGCGCCAAGCGGACGCUGCCUUACUACGGUCGCUCCCGAGCGGCGCUGGACCCGAACCGGCGCAGACCGGUGCACCUGAAGCUGCACGAGAAGCACUUGCGACCGCCAGUGGCGACGGCGACUCCGCCGGGCAGCAAGAAGAAGAAGAAGAAAAAGAAGGCGUCCUCUUCGAAUAGACGGGCCUCGUCGUCGUCGGCGAGCGUCUUCUUCGCGGACGAGCCGCCGGACUCGUACGAGCUGCCCUGGGCCGACGUCGUGGUCCGGCCCAAGCCGCGCGACCUGGUGUUCCUGGAGGACUCGCCCAACUACUGCGUGCGCGACCCGGAGCGGGGCUCGGCCGGCACCGCGGGCCGCUUCUGCAACCGAACCUCGACGGGCCCCGACAGCUGCCGCUUCCUGUGCUGCGGUCGCGGCUUCGAGACGCACUACCGAACCAGGACUCAGCAGUGCCACUGCAAGUUCCACUGGUGCUGCUUCGUGCGGUGUCAGACGUGCGCGGAGAAAGUGCGCGAGAACGUCUGCAAGUGACGCAGUCAGCGCCGUUGUUUCGUGAACGAUAGAAACUACAAGCUUGUGGCCGGUGCCGGCUGUAUACAUCGAGCUGAUAGACGAGGAGCUUCUUUUACCUGCACUGUCUGAUGCAAGCAAGUAGCAAAACAUGCAGGCCAGUCCGCAUAUCGUGCAGUCAGCGCAGUAUACGACUCUGCUAACUUGUAGGCAGGAUACGGCACUACAGCGAGAAAUGCGACAUGUCAUCGUCUGAAACUUCAGGGUUGUGCACAGUGAAGGCCUGCUUUCGGUGACGUGUACUCUUGUUUGUUCUGGGUCCAGUUUUUAUCUGUGCUUUCGAAGACUUGUGAACGCUGAGCUUUAUGUACGCGUCAUUUGUAUGUUCAGGAUCGUUUUUGCCUGAGGCAUCACUCGCUUAACUCGGCUGUAGCUGCGUUCAGACCUAGGAUCUCUACUUCUCAACAUUCCCAUGUCAGCCGUCCCGGUGUUUUGGUACACAACUCUCGAUCUACGUGAGUGUAGGUAACGCGGCCGUUGGUUUUCGAGUUACGCCCAGGGACAGUGAUAAUCCAUCUGUGGGCGAGAUUAUCGUAGACAUUUAAGAACUUAGCAGUCUACAUUUGUCACUGUAGAGCCGCUCGGAGUGACGACUCUGAACGGUGUCACGUAGAGAGGUAACAACACCUAUGGGUAGUCGUCGCACUCAUAAGUGAGAGCUCCAAUAUUUUAGGCAUUUCGUUUAAUUGUUUUCUUGCUACGCAUUGCAGAAAAGACGCAUCGCCUGCGAGCCUUUUCUGCCCCUGCUGCCAUUUUCACUACUUGAAUGACGCUGAAAACUCACUCCCUGCAGCUCUGCACGAGUAUGAUUGCUCCUGCGGUAUAAUAGACCAUUCCAGUCUGGUUACACGUUCUGUGCAGGCAGCGACGUAGUGUACUUACUGGGACGUCGCCGAUGUGCGUAGCCGUCAUUCUAUUACAGAAGAGCCAUUUUAGAUGUGAUAUUUGUUGUGUUUACUUUGUCUGCCGCAAGUGGCAAUGGCUGAGAGACGAGGCGGCAAUUCCGAAGCGCUUUUGCACCACUCAACGACGGUCUCCCCAAUUGAACUAAGGGGUUAAGUAAACGUUCCUUAAUUGACUCCUCAUUGCGCUGUUUACAUUUUCAGUCGCGCGUGACUGCCGCGGUGUCAGAGGCGGGCGCAGCGUCGUGUUCUGCAAGGACAUUUUGGCAUUUUGAGCUGGAAAUUAGGGUCACAAGAUAAGCUGUGGACAUGUGACGACCACGAUCACCUGGAGCGCCGUUCUUAUGCUUCGAAAGUCGAGGCGAAGGCCACGUAUAGCUAGGAAAAUGCAGCUCUUAACAGCACAACUUAGACGUUAUAUUUUCACGCGUACGUGCGCGAUAACAAAAAUAAGCGCUACGGCUUUACGGUUCCUUCUAAAAAUCUUUAUUUUAUCCAUGAAACGAAAAUGCUUAGAACUCUGCAGAGUACAAUAGCUAUUAUACAGUUAAUAUAUUCAAGAUAGUUAUUCUCAUUGUUCAUUAGAAUAUAACUUACCCCAUUGUACAAAGAUACUGUUGUUUGAAGCUCUGUAUACGGUCAUCAUGUGACCACCACGGUUAAAUAAACAUGCUUUCUGGCCUCU